CUCGUUGGUCGAAGCUGGGCCAUGCUGUUUGCCAGUGGAGGCUUCAAGGUGAAACUCUAUGAUAUUGAGCAACAGCAGAUAACAAAUGCCCUGGAAAACAUUAGGAAGGAGAUGGAGUUACUGGAGCAAUCGGGUACCCUGAAAGGCUCUCUGGGUGUCGGAGAGCAGCUGUCCCUCAUCAGCGGCUGCUUUGACCUUCAGGAAGCAGUAGAGGGCGCCAUGCACAUUCAGGAAUGUGUUCCAGAAAACCUAGAACUGAAGAAGAAGACUUUUACUCAGUUGGAUCGCAUCAUUGAUGAUAAAGUUAUCAUAAGCAGUUCAAGUUCUUGCCUCUUGCCUUCAAAGUUGUUUGCUGGUUUGACACAUGUAAAGCAAUGCAUUGUGGCUCAUCCUGUAAACCCACCCUAUCACAUCCCGUUGGUCGAGCUGGUUCCGCACCCAGAGACAGACCCUUCGACCAUGGACAGAACACACGCCUUGAUGAAGAAGAUCGGGCAAUCUCCCGUCAGAAUUUUGAAGGAAGUUGAUGGCUUUGCUUUGAACCGCCUCCAGUACGCGGUCAUCAGUGAGGCCUGGAGGCUCGUGGAGGAGGGAGUAGUGGACCCCGGUGACCUGGACCUUGUCAUGUCAGAUGGACUCGGACUGCGGUAUGCCUUCAUUGGGCCCUUCGAGACAAUGCAUCUCAAUGCUGAAGGCAUGUUGAACUACUGUGACAGAUACAGUGACGGCAUGAGACGUGUCCUAAAGACUUUUGGACCCAUCCCAGAGUUUUCCGGGGCAACAGUUCAAAAAGUUCAUCAGGCCAUGUGUGAGAAGGUGCCUGCUGACCCUAAGCACUUGGCUGCCAGAAGGAAGUGGCGAGACAGAUGUCUCAUGAGACUCUCCAAGAUGAAACGUGAGAUGCCAUCCAAGUGA